AUGGACUUUUUACUUUAUGGAGGCAUCUCAAUGAGGAGAGGAAGCUAUGACGAAGCUGCAGCCUCUCUGCGACCUCACUUCCGAAAUUUGGCUCAAAGACGUCGCUCUGCCCCAUCAUUGGUUUUGGGGAAGGCUUUAAGCACACCCUGGUCUCCAAUCAGGGAGGACCCUUCCUGCUGGGUUUCAGUAGAGCACAGUCCGUUCGUUCAUGGCCUUACCAGUGAGAACGGAGAACUGCUCCUGGACGAGAGCGUUCGUGUGACGGAAGGCACGAAAACCAAGGACAGACACCUGUUUCUCUUCAGUGACGUUGUCGUCUUUGCUAAGCUCAAGUCAUCUUUCAGCUACCGUCUGAAGCACCGAAUCAAACUGGAGGAUCUUUGGCUUCACACUUUCCAAGAUGAGACUGAGAACAACAAGGGAACGACAGCAGAGGAGGAUCUCAAUGUGACCCUUGCCUUGGCCUGGGGCUAUAAUUUUUGUUUGGUGUGUUUUUGUUCUCCUGAGGUGAAGACACGUUGGUUUGAAACUCUUCACAGUACAACCCAAGAGGCAAGAGCCAGGGCUGGUUGUGUUUCUUCUUGUCCCGACAUCCUCAUGAAGGUGUUAGGUGGCAUCACUGCUUCUAAAACUCUCAUCGGAGGCGGAAUGGAGCUAUUUGCCAACCUUGAUGUAAUUUUAUUUUGUUGCCAGGGAGAUGUGAAUAGUUCUGCUGUGUCCCAGUUGUCAAAUAAUCAAGAGGACAAGCUGAUGCAGACGCUUGAAAGUAAGUGGAACUUAGUGAGGAAGCUGAGGAAGGGCUCGAGUUUUAUCAGCAAAGCAGCUUCAUCAGACGCAAAAAGUCAGCUUUUUGGACGGCCCCUUUGCCAUGUGUGCCCAGAUGACAACUCGCUUCCUAAACCCAUCACAGAGAUACUGGUGUUGCUGAGGAAAAGGGGGCCGUCAACAGAGGGAGUGUUUCGGAAACCAUGUAACAACAAAAACAUGAGGGACGUCAGGGAGAGGCUCAACAGCGGCCUGGAAGUGGACCUGGAGGCGCAGCCUGUUGCUUUGCUGGUCGGGCUGCUCAAAAGUUUUCUCAAAGAACUUCCUGAGAGUCUCCUGAUGUGUGCACUUUACAACGAGUGGAUAAAUGCGCUCCAGAGGGAAGACAGCCAGCAGAAAGAGCAAGAGCUCAAAAGAGUGGUGGACAAGCUACCUGGGCCCAACAAACUCCUCCUGCAGCACCUUGCCUGUGUCCUCUAUCAUGUCCUUGAGAAUGCCCACCAAAACAAAAUGGAUGCCUACAAUUUGGCGGUUUGCACCGCCCCGACCUUGCUGCAGAUGGAGGUCACGCCACUUGAAGAGCAGAAGGAGGCGAUGAAAAAUGUCACAGAGCUCACGCAAUUCCUGAUUGAACACUUUGAGAUUCUUGGAGAGAAUAUCCCACAUCUCCUGGACACAGAUGAAGAUUCUGUGUCCUCUCAGCUUCACGACUCAGCAUACGACAGCACCGAUCCAGAGGGGGAUGGCGAGGCCGGGGGAAGCGGGUCGUCUCCAUCCCUCAGUCUCAGCGUCACUGUUUCGACAUGUUCGUCCGAUGCCAUCUUCAAUGUCAAGCCCGCCUUCAACCGCCGCUGCUCAGAGCCCACCAUCCUGCCCUCGGUGGAUUCGUUCAAUCUUUGCGGCUAUUCCAGGAGUCAUGAAGACUGCUCCAUUGAGGACUUUGCAGAGCAACCUUUGAAAAAGCCAAUCUCGCAAGAUUCUUUCUGGCAGACGAGGCAAAGAGGAGCCCAGCGAUCUGUUUUGUGCUCUAACAUUGACUCUCUUAGCUACACCCAGAAUCAAAUCAUGGGCUGCUCUAGCUCAUCCCUCGAGAGUGCCGCCUCCAACCAAUCUGAGGGCUCGGUCUUUACCAACUCUCCGGCAAGCUCGCCACCCUGUCCCAAGAAAACGAGCCAUGGCAUCCCAACCUCUUCGAGGCCUCACGACGACUCGUCUGUGAUUAAUGCGGAUGAGAUGAAGCGUUCAAACUCGUUGAGAGCAGCCUGUAAGGUCCUAAUGCGUACACGGAGUUUAGGAGGCUUUGGGCGGACAAGCUUGAAGAAAGAGCAGCGAAAAGAAAAUUCCUCCACUUGUGAAACGCUUCAGGAGGACUCUCAAAGCGAAGCGCUCGCUCCUGCUGAACCCAAGCGCCGGCCACUGUCAGCUGUUGAGGUGUUCAGGCAGGUAGACAGUAAGCUUCCCUGCAAUCCGCCUCCGUAUGAGCAGGCGGUACACACCGUGCCUCUUGUCCCUGAGUACUCUUCCAUGACUGUUUAUGAUGCCAUAGCUCUCGAGAGAAGAUCCCGCCCUUCAUCUUUGAUUUAUUCUUUACCGCCAAGCUACGUCGACAACUGUUGCAUUGAAAGUUGCACACAAGAGGCGCAAAAUGAACGUGAGACACUGAACUUCCGGCACAGGACCAUGUCAGAGUCCGUGUCCACGAUAGGUCAUCGGGAGGCGAUAUCACGAAGCUGCAGCCAGUCUGUGUUUGAGGAAUUUCCCUACGCUAAAGAAUCCUAUGUUUGA